AUGGGAAAACCAAAAGAUCCAAGAAAGUUAAGCGAAAAGGACUUUAAAAGAAGAGCUACAUUUUUCAUUAAAAAGACAAAAGAAAAAAUCCAGAAAAAAUCAGCUAGUUUUACAAGAUUUUCUAAUAUUAGUGAAACACGUGACAAAAAAUAUCAAAAUCAUGCAUUUGAUGAGCAUUAUAAUGACUAUCUUCAGGAAGAAUUUAUUAAAAAUACACAAGAACAACACUUAAGUGAUUCAAGUGAAUCCGAAUAUGAAGAAAAUUUACAUACAAAUGAUGAGUGUGAAAUGCAAAAUAAUAAAGAAGUAUACGAACUUAGUUUACACGAUUUUCUUCGCGUUUGCUCAGUGCAUCACAAUAUAAAUAGAAAUGCUCUAAAUCCACUUCUUAAAUACCUUCAAAGAUUAGAUAAAACGCUUCCUUCUGACUAUCGUUCCCUUUUAAAGACACCACGUGUAGCUAUUUUAAAAGAUAUUCAUCCUGGUCAGUAUAUACACAUGAGUUUGAGAAGAAACAUAGAUAUGUAUUUAAGAGAAAAAGAAGAAAUACCAAAAGAUAUCAAAAUACGAAUAAACGUUGAUGGACUUCCAAUUUUUAAAGACUCUGCCAAGUGUCCAGCAUUUUGGAUUAUUCAAGCUGACAUUAUAAACGAUAAAAAAAAAAAGCCAUUUAUAGUUGGAGUUUACGGUGGAAAAACGAAGCCUCAGUCAUUCAAUGAGUUUUUGACUGAAACAGUCGAGGAACUAAAGGAAUUGAAAAACUUAAAUUAUAAAGGCACAGACAUAAGUUUAAAAGUUGUUCAACUUCUCGCAGACGCACCAGCGAAAUCAGAAACUCUCAAUAUAAAAGGUCAUAACGGCUACUUCUCUUGCACUAAAUGCGAGGUAAAAGGAAAGUUUAUUAAUGGUAAAAUGUCAUAUUUUGACUUGGAAGCUCCUCUCCGAACUGAUACGUCAUUCAGACUACAAGAAAAUCCUGAACAUCAUGAAGGAAAAUCGAUUUUGGAAGAAUUAAACUAUUUUAACAUGAUUGAGAAUGUUCCUUUGGACUACAUGCACAUAGUGCUAUUAGGUGUGAUGAAGAAAUUGUUAAAAAUGUGGUUUGUAGAUACUGGAAAAUUUAAACACUCACAAAUUGAUAAAGAAAAAAUAUCUGAACGAAUAAAAACAAUUAAUGAAACACAACCAAAUGAUUUUCAACGUAAACUCAGAUCAUUAACAUUCAUUCCGCGAUACAAAGCAUCUGAACUAAGAAGUUUUCUUCUUUACUAUGGUCCUAUAGUGCUCAAGCAUAUCUUAAGAAUUGAUCUAUAUGAAAAUUUCAUGAAAUUUCACGUUGCAAUGAAAAUUUGUGCAAAUCAAAAAUUCUACACGAUGAAUACAUUAACACAAAAGUUAAUUGAUGAAUUCAUUAUCGAAAUGGCUGAGAUUUAUGGAGAACAUGAGAUUGUUCAUAAUGUACAUGCUUUACAUCAUAUACCCAAAGAAUGUGAGAUUAGAGGUGUGUUGGAUAACUUCAGUUGCUUUGAAUUUGAGAAUAACAUGAGUCUUAUUAAAAAAUCAAUACAUACGUCCAAAAAUCCUAUGCAGCAACUGCAAAACAGAAUUGCAGAAAUAAAUUCAAUAAGUCACCUCCCAGCUUUCAUCGACCGUUAUUCUACAUUAAACAAUGGUAUUGUUGAUAAUUACAAUGCGACAUUCAACGGUUAUAAGUUUUCGACCAAUCAACGUGACUGCUAUGCAUUAGUUGGAAAUAAAGCCUUCAAAAUAAGAUCAUUCUUUAAGAAAGAAAGUGUGUCAUACGCAAAAGGACAAUUUUUCAAAAAAAUGUACUAUACGGUGUUGUUUAAAGAUACAAAUGCUAUCGGAACUGUUAAAGAAGAUUGGCUAAUUAACGAGCAGCAAUGUAAAUAUCCACCAAAUAAGCAAGUCAACAAAUUUUUAAAGUCCAAUGCAAAAUGUGACACAUCAAAGUGGAAUGUUUACAAAAUUGUCUUAAAAAAUCCCAAGCAGUUAGGUCAAAAAGGUGUUGCAACUAUACAAUUGUCAAAGGAAAUGGAGAGAUUCUAUGAAAGAUUUAGUGACACAGAAGAUUACGAGAGCACCAGAGUCAAACAGAACUUAUUAAAGCUUCAUCCAACAAUAAAACUCCAAAACAAAAUCAAUUUUAAUGAAUUUGUGCCUAUUGAAGUCCAGUCGAGUGCUGCUUUACAGCAUACAUUUUCAUCGGAGCUUAUAACUCAUCAAAUAGAAGAUCCAGAACAAAAUGAAGAUCCAGACCAAAAUGAAGAUCCAGAACAAUAUACAACUGAUAACGUGAAUGAAACACAAGAAGAAAAUUACAGCGAACAACGGUACCAAAUUGAGUAUCUCGAGGAAGCAUUUCCAGACGAAGAGGCUGAAUAUAUAAGAGACAUUACAGAGGACACUUUUCUUGUCAAACAUCGUCCAGUUCAGAAAUGAUGGCUGUAUGUCAGGAAAUUUUGAGGAAUAUAUCUAUGAUUAACGAUAAAAUAGCAUCAAUUGGUAAACGUCUCACUAAAAUUGAACUGCAUAUUUUGAGAAAGGUGGAUUUGAAGGACUUUGAAAUUAGUGUCAUAAAAGAUUUAAAGGAACUAAAACAAUUCCUUAAGACGGUCAAUGAUGAUGGUGAAUUUCGACAAAAAUUGAUAUAUUUUUUGUAUCUAAAUUGUACCAACGGAAAAGCCAAAUUUUAUUACAACGGCGUUGUUAAGAAAAUUCUGAAACUGGUUUUUAGUGAGGAGUUUUUAAAUGUUCUUGGGUGGUCAACAGAAAAAUCAUCGGCUAGCACUUCAUCCCAAGACCAUCGCAUCCUUUUGUGUCAAUUUAAGAAUUUUCAAAGCAUUUGUCUCGAUGUUUUAAAUUAUCACAACCCUAAUCCUCCUUAUAUAUUGGACGACGUCGCUGCAGGCUUAAAGGAGUUCUUUAAACGUUUAGUUCGUUAUUAAAGUAACUUAAAAUUGGAAAAAAGUCAUAAGAGAUUAGAAAAUUUAUGAUUUUAUAUAUGCUUAAUUAAUUAAUUGUUGCUAUUUUGUGAGGUUUAUGAAUUAUUACUUAUGUUGUUUUUUCACUUCUUCUCAUUUAAAUUGAUGAUUAUUCCUUAAAAUUCCAAUUUUAUGCCUGUUGAUAAAUUUACAAUAUAUUGUUGCCGUUAUUGAUCAAAUUUGAAUUCCACAAGAAUCAGUAGGCUUAAAAUAUGAAUUUUUAAAAGUCGUUAUGAGUUCGAAAAAGCUUCAAUUAAAUUACA